GUUGAAUUUUUCAUCAUGGCGACGCCGUAUAAACUGCGGUGUAAUCUAACCGGUCAUGAAAAAGAUGUUAGGGCUCUUGUUUCUUCCUUGUUUCCUGAACAUGGCUUGAUUUCUGGUUCGAGAGACAACACCAGUUGUAUCUGGGCUGAAAAUGAGGGUAGCAACAGCUUUGUCAAGGAGCUGACGAUGCGUGGCCACUCUAAUUUUGUGUCCAGCUUGUGCGUGAUGCCUCCAGAUGAUUCAUAUCCCCAGGGGCUCAUCAUCACUGGCAGCAAUGAUAAGACCAUUUUGGCAUACAGUCCUGGGGUUCCAGAACCUGUGUUCAAGUUGACUGGCCAUACGGGGAAUGUGUGUGCUUUAGCCUCCGGCAAGUUUGGCUUCUUGCUCAGUGGCUCCUGGGACAUGACAGCCAGAGUGUGGCUCAACCAGAAGUGUGUCAUGGUCCUUGAAGGACACCAGAUGGCAGUAUGGGCUGUUGGCAUCAUAUCAGGUCAGGGUGUAAUGCUCACUGGCUCUGCAGACAAGUCGAUCAAGGCGUGGAAGGCUGGAAAGUGCAUACAGACUUACAAAGGGCAUGAGGACUGUGUCAGGGGUCUUGGGGUAGUCAGUGAGGCCGAGUUUCUCUCCUGCUCCAACGAUGCUACCAUAAGGAGAUGGGCUGUCACUUCAGGAGACUGCUUAGCUGUAUAUUACGGCCAUACUAACUAUGUAUAUAGUCUAUCUAUCCUGCCAAAUGGUCAAGAUUUUGUCACGGGAGCUGAAGACCGAACACUGCGAGUGUGGAAGGAUGGGAAGCUGUCACAGACUAUCUAUCACCCUUCAGAGUCAGUCUGGGCUGUGUGUGCCUUGCCCAAUGGAGACAUUGCCUCUGGGGCUAGUGAUGGAAUCAUUCGAGUCUUCACUCAGGAUCCUAAGAAAUAUGCAAGUGAUGAAGUCAUAGCUGCUCAUGAGGCUUCUCUUGCUUCGGCGCCUGUGGCCUCCCAGCCUCUAGGGGACAUCAAGGUGGAGGACUUGCCAGGGCCAGAGAGUUUGGACCAGCCAGGCAAGAAAGACGGCCAGACAACGAUGAUCAACACAGGUGGGACAGUGGACGUCUACCAGUGGGAUGCGUCCCAGACAAAAUGGGUCAAGAUUGGCAACGUGGUGGGCUCAAGUGGCAGCACGCAGAGCACCUCAGGGAAGACUCUCUACGAGGGAAAGGAGUACGACUAUGUCUUCUCGGUGGACAUCAAGGAGGGCGCUCCGCCCCUCAAGCUGCCGUACAACAUUGCUGAGGACCCCUGGAUGGCAGCGCAGAAGUUCCUGCAUAAGCACGAGCUCUCCCAGCUCUUCCUGGACCAAGUGGCCAACUUCAUCCUGGAGAACACAAAGGGCGUUACUCUGGGCACGGGCUCAGCCUCUGGCUACUCUGAUCCUUUCACAGGAGGAGAUCGGUAUGUGCCGGGCAGAGACGACAUGGACACAUCCGGAGCCACACCAGCCGGGUCUGAUCCUUUCACUGGUGGUGGUAGAUAUGUACCAGGUGAAGAGAGCACUGGAUCUGGUAACACUCACUUCCCCAUCAAGACUUGCCUGUUCUUUGACACUGCCAGUCCCAUUGAACAAAUCUUAGGGAAGCUGAAAGAGUUCAACAAGUCUGUUGAUGACAACUUGCAUGUGCCUGAGGAGUCUCUGGAUGAACUGGGCAGUUUGCUCACUGGACAUCCGCGUGGGGACAGCAUCAAGACAUUAGACCAGCUCAUUACGUGGCCUCAUGAAGUGGUGUUCCCCGCCUUGGACAUUCUACGCAUGGCCAUUAAGGAGCACGAGGUCUGCCGCCUUUUCUGUAGCCGCCCCAGUGUCAUCGACCUUAUGUGCCAGCACGCCUCACAGGGCAACAACAACGCCUGCCGCAUGCUCUCCUUGCGCACCCUGACCAACCUCUUCCGCCACCCUGAGGGUACCGAGCUCAAUAUAAGCCGCAUCGACUCGGUCCUCCAAGUUGCAAUCAACGGAAGGGACAUGACCACCAAGAAAGGGCAGAUCGCUGUGGCCACUCUAAUCCUCAACUUCUGUGUCAAACUGGCAGCUUCAGAUGACCUAGAGAACAAGUCCAAAUGUUUGCAGGCAGCUGGUGAGGUGCUAGGCUCCAAUUUUGACCCGGAGGCUGUAUAUCGCCUUCUGGUCGGGGUUGGAACCCUGGUGGGUCAGGAUGAUGGCUGCAAGGCACUGGCCCAGUCUAUCGACCUGCCUGAGCUGAUUGCAAAACUAAACACGUCAGAAUCCGGCAAGUUGACGGAAUGCUCCAAAUUGGUGUCAAGCUCGUUCAACAGUUGAUCUUUUCCCAUUUUUUCACUUUAGAAGUUUUUGUUUUGAGGUUUAGUCGGAACUAACCACUAUGUGGUAGAUCUCUCUGCUGUAGGUAGUCUUGCAAAAAGUUUCCUUUUCCAGGUUGUUUUUUUUUUAAGUUUACAAAAAUAUAAGCAAUAUUUCUUUGCAAAUUUGUUUUCAAGCCAAUUGGGAAAUAUUUAAUCAAAGAGUAUAGUGGCUCCCUGAUAGUGUUUUUCCAAUGUUAAACUUUAGUCCAGCGUAACCCUUUUGCAUUGCGCCUUACCUGUCAAGGGUUCUCCCUCUGUAAGUAAUGCUGUGUGCUCAAACUUCCCAGAAAAGAUAUUAUUUUAGGGUAAAUUGAAAAGUUAAUAAAAAAAAAAAAAUCAAACAGUUGCUGACAGAUUGAUUUAUACUUUGGUCAAUUAUAGCAUGUCUAUUUGUGACAGUAGACUCUUUGCAAAAAGGUUAGCUUUAUAAGAAACAUGCUCAUGAGUCUAAAACCCCAAAAGGUAAAUCUAUCAACAUAUAAAGCAGUAAAAGACUAUUAAUGCACUGUUUGUCAUUUACGACGAGUGAGAAGCAGAAGAAUGAUAAAGAAAGAAGACCUGUUGUUUGUCCACUGAAUUCUUCAGUCUGGACUUACUAUUUACUUUAGAGCAGCGUUGCCACCUUGCAACGUGCAUGCAGAUACAUAGCAUUGUGCUGAUGACUGCACACAAGAUCCGUGUGGCGUGACGUAAUAGGUGGUGAGAAUGGCCACAAAUGUAGUGUGGGGUGUUGUUGGAAAAGAUUUAUAAAUUGGAGGGAGAUCAAUCGAGGGAGUAGGACUUAGGUUGAAGUUGUAAAUCCUACAGUGAACUAGGCAUGGUGUUUUUUACAAUUCUUUGCUCUUGGGAACAGAAUGUUGCAGAAUUGGUCUAUUUUGAAUUGCGUUCUGUUCUGCAUCUGGUUUCCAGGAAGCGAGUUUUUACAGAAGCGAAAAUUUGUAAUUUUGAUAGUAUAAGUUGAUACGGCUGACAUUUUCCUAUGAUAAAAUACAUUGGGCUUUUGUUGUUUGGAUAUAAUCUCUGGCUACCAGCACGGAUGAUUGUUUUGAAUGUGUGAUUUCUUUUGUUGGUGUGGUCAGAUUUACACUGUAGAGGACCUGAUGAAGGAAAAUGACAUGCUUAAGUGUGUUUUUUCCCCCCUUAGUCUCUUUAUAUCAGUAUGGUUGACUUGUUGAUUUGAUUCUUUGUUGUCUUUUUUUGUUGUUCUGUGUUGAAGGAGUAAAUAGGAGUGUCUGAAGUAUUGAUAAAUUCUUUUUUUUAAAAAGGACUUUUUACACCCAUUUUCAGUAGGAUGUUCCGUUUGUUUGUGUGAGGUCACAUAAUCUUUAUUAAAUUUAUUCAUCUUUUUGUUGAGGGAAUAAAUUGAAAGGACUUCCCCCUUCCCCCUUUCUCCUUUUCAAAAACCAUGUGAGAGACUUUGGCUGUGGUGAAAGAUUAUUUAAAACAGAACUUUUAUUUGUCAUUUUUCUUUUGUUUUCUGUGCAUGACAUUUGUUUUCAAACCUGACAGUCCCUUAGUGUUCGUUUUCCAACAAGUUUGCAUUUCCGCAAUCUGUGUCCAUCCGUCUUUGUCUUAGCACAAAAUGACUGCGCCUUGUCAACAUGCAAUUAGUUCUACCCAAAGCAAUUUAUUUCUCAUUUCUCGCAUUUUCAUCGGCUGUUGUUCUUUUUUGAGUAAUUUCUCAUGAUGAUCACGUUUUUGGAGGCUGGCGUGGUAUGGUGUGGUAUGGAUAGUCAUAGUAUUUUCAAUGUGUUUGCGAGCUUAAAGAAAUGAUUAUCGUCUCCUCAGUGUUUGGUGUGGUGUAAGACUACUCUUUUUGGUUUGUAAUGUUUAUUUAGAAAAGAAAAAAAGCUGGAUGUCAGCAUUGUCUUGUUUCUUUUGUUUUUCUUUCUUUCUUGUUUAUAAUGUGUGUACUCCACCACAGCAAUACUUUGCAGUUUUAUUUCUGUUGGUAUUAUGCUAGGCUAUGGUUUGGAUGACCUUGGUUUGAACCCCUGAUUAGAGCAUUCUUGAGCUUGAAUUGUUUUGUGAGUCUUUAUGGCUCUUCUUCCGCUUUGCGCAGCCCUAUUGGAGAUGAUGGAUGUUUGAGUUAAAGUCGGGAGGUCCUGCCUUUUAAACAACUUUACAAUAUUGAAAGGGGAGUUACGCGCCUUUCGUAUUAUGCAAUACUUUUGCUCUGCCCUAAUGAAUAGUGGAAACAUUGUUAUGAUGUAUUUCUGUUAUUUAGAAAAUUGUGAUUCCGCGCUGUUCGGAAGGGAAUUAUACAAACAAAAAACAAAAAGGGAGUCAGGAUAAAAAAAAAAGACAGAAAAAGAUGUAGCCACACUAAAAUACUUGAUAGAGAGAAUAGCAUCUUUUUUCUCGGUACCUAUAAAAAGUUGUAACAGUUGCUUCCCUCUUUUCCUUCGGGCUCUCUCUUGUGCGAACUUGUGAGUUGAAGAUUGUUACAGUUUAUUUUUAAUUUCUUUCAUAUUGUGCCAUCACAUCGUAUGUUUAUCUCAUGGGUACCUUAAGAAGAGAAUACUAAAGUGGUGAUCUUCAGUUACAUUCACAGGUAUAAAAGCCAUCAGUCACAGUUGAAUGUGUUUACUUUGGAGCCUGAUGUGUGCGCUCAUUGUAUGUUUUUCUCAGGUCAUGUUUGUUUAUGAGAAGGUUUAAAUCUUUUAUAGUGAGUAUGGUCUAAAAUUGACGUAAGGUUUUAUAUUAUAUGUACAAUCAUCAGUCAAGCUUAAAGUCUUGUCCAUAUAAUAUACAGUGGUCUAUGUGUAAAAUGAGCGGUAGUAAAUGAUAUUUAGGUAUGGAGAUCCCAUUUUUUGGGGUAUCCCUUUAAUACAUGUAUGGAAAAAAGAUGGAGAACUGAUGAGGCAUUUCUUUCUUUUUGCUCAUUUUUUCCCCCAAACUCUUUUGUUUUAUCCUGAGCAUAGAUGGCUGUAUACUGCCUUGCCUGUUUUUCAGAUGGAUGAAUUGAGAUGUUCACUGUUGAUUAGUAUUUUGCCAAGUGUUUCUAUUGACUGGAUAUUGCUUCCCUGGUGCUUUCUGUGGUCUUGGUCAGAGAGACAAUACCAUUGCUGCAUGUCAGAGCUUGGGUUUGCGAUCUAGUCUGUGGGCCCAGGUUAAAACAAGCCUCAUUGUCUAUGUAUACCAAAGGGUGUAAUGUAUGUGUGUCCUUCUAUUUGGUAGAAUCAUUGAUGUUUCUGGAGGCUGGUGUGGUUAUGGAAAUUGGUUCAGCUUGGUCUGUUCAGGUCCUUUUAAAAAUUUUUUUUUUAUUCAUCGUGCUUCAAUCAGUGUUUGGCUGGGUGUAUUGCUACUUCGAACACUCCUUGAUGAGUCCUUUUUUAUUUCUCUCUUGUCACUGACAAGUUCCCUUCCUGUGACGGGAUGAAUUGUCUAGAGGUGAAUAUUUAUGCAUUAACUAAGAGGUGCUCUCUAAUGUUUUGUUAACAUCAAGAUACUUUUGCAGUUUUUUUGACGUAUCUAAAGUGACUUUUUUGAUUGAUCAGCAUCCGUGACUUAACAUUCAAAAUUAAUAUGGUUGUGCUGUUGGUACCUCAGGCGGGUUUUGUAACUGUACACUGUCUAUUGAGUUCUCAUAGUCUUACCUCUGGCAACUUAUGGACACUUCUGCCUAUCACAAGUGUUAAGUUCCCCAAGCUACGUAAUCGCCCCUGAUCAUGACCAUGGAGUCUGCCAGCAAUUGAGUGGCUGUGAGUCAUGAGUCUUUUAGAAGGCAUUUACUGUUUCUGUGCUGUCAAUAUUUAGAGAGCACUGUCAACUUUAAAAAAACCAGAUGGAUAGCACAAGGCAUUGACAGGGUCUUGGGCAAAGGACAAAUGUAUGUUAAGUAGUAUGAUUGUUGAUACUUAUGAUCUUGGGACAAAGGAUUGUGAGGUGGCGAUACCCUGUGUGUGCUGUUUAAGGUACUGUAUAUCUGUUGAAUUUAUUUUUUUCUGUGUUUAGGCAUGUUUUUUUUUGGAAGCGGUUAUGUGGCCAUAAUAUGCUGUGUGCAUUUGUAAAAUUACAUGUGUUGAGUCUUUUUUAUUCUAAUUUUCAUAUGUUGGAUGAAUUGUUCUCUGUGUUUGCUGAGCUUCUUCAAAACAGUUUGUGAGCAUUUCCCUCCUCAGGAGGGACACAGAGAGAAUUGUCGUGCUUAAAGAUGUCAAAAGCGAGAGGAAAUGUAUGCUGAAUAUUUUUUUUUCUUUAAGUUGCUGAUUGUGUUACACUUUUCUUGUUCGAGAUCAGUUGACUCGACCACAAAUAAACAUACGAGUACACACACAGUG